AUGGGAGAAGCACCAGCAUUCCUUGUUGAUGACCUUCAGGAUGGGCCUCUUAAUGGCCUUGAAUUAACAAAUGGAACUUGCAAAACAACUACUGUUGUCGGCGACAAAACGUAUGUCACUGUUGGAGCUGAUGAUGGAACUUUGUCCAUUGACGUUCAAAUUUUUGACCCUAGUCUUGGAGAAUGGGUUUACCCAACUGUGCUAGGAACCAAACCUUUGUCAUGCAAAGGCCAUUCGACUGUGGUUUUGGAGAACCGGAUUCUUGUUCUUAAGAAGGGUUCUAAACCAGAUGAUCAAAUAUGGUUCCUAGAGGUGGACACUGAAUAUGUUAGGCAGCAGCGGAAAAAAUUGGGGACAGAGGUUGUUGCAUGGAGUAAGGGUGUGAUUGGCAAUGCUGAGAAACCUAUUGUUAUUAGUGGUCCUUCUGGAGUUGGUAAAGGAACGCUGAUAUCAAUGCUCAUGAAGGAAUUCCCAUCGAUGUUUGGUUUUUCUGUGAGCCACACCACUCGUGCUCCGCGGGAUAUGGAGAAGAAUGGGGUCCAUUACCAUUUUACUGACAAGAGUGUGAUGGAGAAAGAGAUUAAAAAUGGAAACUUUCUCGAGUUUGCUUCUGUACAUGGUAAUUUGUAUGGGACCAGUGUUGAAGCUGUUGAAGUUGUGGCUGAUGCAGGAAAAAGAUGUAUUCUUGAUAUUGAUGUUCAAGGAGCAAGAUCAGUGAAGGCUAGUUCUCUUGAAGCCAUAUUCAUUUUUAUCUGCCCCCCAUCAAUGGAAGAGCUUGAGAAGCGCCUUCGUGACAGAGGGACUGAGACAGAGGAGCAGAUCCUUAAGCGACUGCGUAACGCCUCGGCUGAAAUCGAACAAGGAAAGUCUUCCAAUAUAUUCGAUUUCAUCUUAUACAAUGACAAUCUUGAGGAGUCUUAUGAGGGACUUAAGAAAUUAUUGGGACUUAAUGGUUUUGUCACAGCUUCAUCGAAAUCAGCCCCACCUAAAGAGAUUAAUCUACCAAUGGAUCCUUCGGUGUCUAAACUCGAUGACAAAAUCAUCAUAAACUGCAUCUCUUCUGGACCAGAUAAAGAGUCAAAGAACUUGAUCAUGUUAGAUGUUUCCUCACUAAAAGGGGGUGCACCGGGAAGGACAAGAGGGCUUGAUUUUCAUGUUAUAGGCUCUAUGGAUCAACAUAGCUAA